CCAGCAGCAUUUAUAAACAUGGCCCCUUUACACACCUACGGGUCAUUGUUUACAUCCAUCCAUACAUGUCAUUUCUGCAUGUGUUUCUGCACCCUGGCAGUGUGGCAGAGCCCCAGAAGACGGAGAAGCCAACAUCUCACCACUGGUCUUUCUUCCAUUUAUGCUCGAUAGCGUUCACCUUGAAGCCUCAGCACCUGCUCUGCAGAAAAGAUCACAUUGGAACAGAAACCUUGUGGAUUUUUAGCAAAAAAUAGUUCCUGCUUAGAUCUUCAGUAAGCAGCUGCCACCAUUUCACCUCCAACAGUCAUGUACAGCUCCAGCUACUCCCGGGCCAAGUUUGGCUUGGAGGCAAGGCAGCCCCUGCACAAGCCCAAAGGAAAGAGCUGCGGCUACUACAUGAGGAUCGUCUUCUUCUUUUCCUCUCUGAUCCAGUCUCUGAUCAUCGUCAGCCUGGUGCUUUUCCUCAUUUAUGGACAGCCGGAGAAGUCUGCAGAGGAGAAGAGGGUCCAGGACCUGGAGUUGAACUUCAACAGGCUGAGUGAGAACAACAUCCAGCUGAGAAAGGAGAAAGGCGAGCUGGGAACUCAGCUGGGAGCUCGCACAGCUGAGAAAGCUGCUCUGGAGACAGAGUUGGUGAAGCUGAAGACUGAUGGCAACAACACAGUAUAUACGCUAAAAAAAAAAAUAGCUAACUGUGAGAGAAUGUUUACAUUAACACAAGGCAUGGUGCGUUGUCCCAUGACUCCGAUCCAGCGCCCUCCUGUGGUCACUAAUAGCGGUGAAAUGAAGACUUUGCAGACUCUGAACGCUCAACAGAAAGCCAUGAUAAACCUCAUCGGGGCAAACUUCACCCAGAUGGUCCAGUACCUGAGCCAGGAGAGAGACGACGCCCGCAAAGACCGAGACACGCACCACCAGGGGGUCGUCACCCUGCGCAGGGAGAACACCCUGCUGAAGGAGCAGCUCACCACCUACACCAGGAAGUGCAAAGAGGACUUUGCUCACUCUUUGGACGGGAUCAAAACGGUGACCAGCGAUUUCCUGAAAAAGAUCAACAACCUGUUCCCUCACCAGCUGACCUUUCACCUCACCUGCGAGAGUCAGCAGGAACACAUGGAGAAGAUCAGAAACAGCUGCACGAACCUGUCCAGAGACGUGGAGAACAAGUUCCAGCUGUAUUUAGACAACGUGGGCAACAAGGUGGCUGAGAUCCAAGCCAUGUCCAGUCGUCUGGAGGUGCAAAACUCACAUUUGACUUCUGAAAUGCAGCAGUGUGAACGCACUCGCAGACAGACGGCCAACGAAACCGCUAAUCAACUACAGCUGAAGCAAAAGACUCAUGACGACCAGGUGGAGAAAUUACUGAUUGAGCAGAACAAUCUGAGACAACAGAAGAAGCUGCAGGAAGAGAGUUUGGCCUUGAGAGAUAGAGAGCUUCAGAACCUCCAGCGAAUGCUCUCUGCUCAGCCCAAUGUCAAGCCCGGUGUUCCUAAAGCUUCAAGCCUACAGGCCUCUAUUGGAGCACCUGGCGUCAUCAAAACUCCAACGGGGAGAUGAAACGAACCGGCAGAGAAAUAACUGAAGGAACAGUGAUCAACAUUUAGCCUUUAAAGAAUUUUUAUAAGGACAUGUAUAUAUUUCUAAUACAACACACUUCAACCUGUAAAUACUCUGAGGCCACAUGAACAACAUUUACUGUUGUUGGCCUGUGCAUGCUUUGUUUGGCUCGACUUGGAAUAAAAGAUUCAUUUGUGUUUUUA